AAAAUACUCAAAAGGGAAUUAGCAUGGAACAAAUCCAUCGAAUCCAAUCAGAAAACAGAGAACUUUCGUGAUAAUCAUGUAAGAGUACACAAAAAAUAUUCGUUAGUUUUUUCAAUAAACUCUUACAGACAAAGACUGAUGAUAUAUUGAUUCUCUGAGUACUAUCUGGGAAUGCACUAAAUCCAUAGAUUUGAAUUUGGAUUUGGGCUUUGGUGCAUGGUUAUUUACAUGUAAAUAGAUUUGGAUUUGGAUUUGGUGCAUCCACAGUAUUAUUAUCUAUUAUGUGUAGCCCAAAUAUGAGAUCUAACUAUCAUUGUAUAAAGGAAAAAAUGAAAGGAAUACUGUGUUCUGUUACUUUUGGUCCACCCUGUAUGUUUUGAUUAAGAAGCGAGCAGACUAGAGUAUAUUCUCCUGGAAUUCUUCAAAUGAUUUAGAUUGUAUGAUGACUUUGAAUUAGAAGAACGACUGACUUCUGAAAAAGUCAUAAUAUUCUUCUAUUUUGUAUAUUUGUCUUCUUUUUCUCUCUCCAUUUAUCUACAAUGAAGAAUGGUUUUUCUUGUUAGAAUAAUACUAUUUUUUUUCUAGCAUCGUCUCUUCUACUCUCAUCUGUAAACCAAUAUCAUCAUGACAUAGAUAGAAAAUGAAUAAUGAUUGAAGCUUGAUCAUUACUGUAGAUGUAAUCGUUAUUAUUAAUUUAUCUCUUUGAAAAUUCUGGCGACCUAGCCAAUAGAUACCUCUGGCUUCGUCAGUAAUUACAUCGCUGGCGAAAGACAAUCGAGAAGUGUGUGUGAAACAUUGGAUAUCAUUGUUUGUCGACGAAGAUCUCUUAUCUUGACUAAGGAGGACACUAAGUCAAUAUUUCAAGUCAUAUUUAUUCAGAUAAAGAGAAAGACGAGCGAGAGGAGAAAGACAAAGAUAGAAGUAUAAGUUAUCUACAUCUUGCAAAGGCUACAAAGAGUGACAACUGAAGGUACUGAAACAAACAGACAAACAAAGCAAAAAUUCAAAAUGAACGAAGCUGCAAGAUCAGACAAGAACACAGCUCUCCCAAAUAUUUCUCCCAACGCCAGAUGGACACAAAACGGCAUUAUUGUUGCUGGCGGUCACGAAAAAGGCAAUGCAGUGAAUCAACUUCACCACCCUUGCGGUCUCUAUGUGGAUGAUGAUCAAAGUGUUUUGAUCGCUGAUCAUUAUAAUCAUCGAAUUGUGGAAUGGAAGUGUGGUGCAACAAGUGGUCAAGUAAUGGCUGGCGGAAACGGACCAGGAAAUCGGAAUGAUCAGUUGUAUUGUCCAUCAGAUAAUGUUAUAAAACAUCAUUUUCGACAAAAAUCCGGAUUUUUAUGA